AGAAGAUAAUGUAUAUAAUUAGAGUCAUGCGUUAUCGCAUCUUUCAUUUUACUUUGAUACUAUGUAUAACUACUUUAAUCUGUAAAGCCCAAAAUAUGUCCGAGGAUAACGAUUCCGAAACGUGUGGAAAAUCGUCAAAUUUAUGCGAGCAAGCAAGCAAAGAGAAACCUCAACGAAGCCAAACUGCGGUUUGGAAACCGUUUGUCUACGAAAGUAAAGCCAAGUGGGUGGCAUUUCAAACGGUUUUUGCCGAGUAUGUUAUUUGGCAUCGCCGUAUGUUUCUCAAUGCGGAUAUACCAUGCCACGAGAAGAAAUGCGUUGUUUUCACUCCAAAUGCAGGCUUAGGAGAUAGUAUCGGAGCACUUUCAUCUGCUGUUUCCAUUGCAUUAAAAACUGGCCGGUUACUUUUUAUUAAUUGGAAGCCGUACAACUGGACCGUUGGGUUGAAAGCGUUGCCAUUUGAUUACGACUACUCAGCUGCUCUAAAUGCGCGUAAUAAUAACAAGCCAUUAAUUUGCCCACACCACAGUGAUAUUGCUGCACAAUUAUCGGGACAUAUUACAGCUGAUCACCCGUUGAUCAAAAUACCAACUAUUACUGACCUCAAUUUCGCGUAUGAUGAUAAGAUACGGGCUAUUGUACAGCCUUCUUCUAAAGUACAACAUAUCGUGGAUUCUGUCAUUUCCUCUCAGUUUGAAUCAAGCAACGAUCGCAAGAACGUGCAGUUGGUUGGUUUGGUCAUGCGCACUGGAGAGGGAGAAUACAACCAAUUUUUAAGUCCUGGAGACGAAGCAUAUUUUGUUCAAUGUUUUCGAAAUUACGCCGUUGACUAUCAGAAGAAAAUUGCCAAGUUGGUCAAAUUUAAAGUUUUCGUGACUUCGGAUAACAUCGAGACGAAGACAAAAGUCGUGAAUGAAUUAAAUAAUCAAACAAACAAUGGCGAAAUCCACGUUGACGUCAUCACGCUGGACGAUUCGUUUGUUCACGUGAUGCACGUCUCAGAAAAAAAUGGUAAAAAAAAGACGGUCAAAGAAAAAAUUCGCAAAACGUACGCUGAGUAUUUUCUAAUAGGAAAGUGUGACGUAUUGUUUUUAACCCACGGCAGUUUAUUUGGUCGUGCUGCAGCGGAGCGUGGUAUUGCCGAUGAACGAAAUGUUCAUUUUAUUAGUGACAGUAAAUGCGAUGGAAAAAGGGAAAAAUAUUCUUAUUUAAAGUGCCAUGAACCUAAAUAUCCAGCUGUAUGUAAUAUACAGUAACAGACGCUGUGGUCAAAAGCAAUAAUACUAACUUAUAACCAUAUUUAUAGACAAAUGCUGUGAUAUUUUGCCACGUAGGGCUUUCAACAUUGACGUUUACCGUUUUAACGAUUUUUAAUAUUUCUGUUUUUACCGAUUACUUUUUCAUUCAACUUUGGACAUCACGAAAUAGGGUGGUUAUUGUCGUAUUAGCGUAGGAAUGUUCGUAUAAUGCAGUCAUUAAUAAAGAGCUGAUAUAAUACAAACACUA